AUGGGGAAACCCAAUGCUAGCUCCAAGCUGUUCGUGGUAUCGCUGCUGGUCACAUGUUUUCUCACGGAUCCAGGAUUGGGUCUCAAUGUAUGUGAGGCAGAACGCCUGCUGGCGGCGGAUCGCACGUUUGCCCUAUCGCGACCCUACCUCUACAACUUGAAGAUUCUUGGCAACGCCGAAUGUCCCGUGUUUGACCUGAGAUCGCCGGGACGGCAAUUUUUCCUUGAUUCCAACUAUGAAGUCGAUGGCUUCCAAUUCAACAUGAAUCGCCAUUCCCUGGCCGUGUGGAAUGACCCGGUCCUUGAUCUUUUGGAUGUGCCCGAGGAGUCCACAAUGUCCACAAUGUCGCUCAGCGCCCGCCUGAACCCCAAUGCCAGCAUACCCGCCUUUGCGUUGAACAUCUCCUGCAGCCGAGCAGACCACCCUUCUUUCAGCAUGCAGUCCGACUGCCCUUUUACACUCGAGGAUCUCGAGCCACCCGCGCUUGAGGGCCACCAUUUUCGACCCUUGAUCUUAGCUUUCGAAUGGGUGCGGCCUUUGCCGCCCUUGAAUGCUCGCGGCCUCUUUCUCUUCGCCGAUGUCCUUGCCGUGGAUGAAGAAGCGAGUUCUGCUUUGACUUGCUACGCCAAUCUUCGCGUUCAGACCUUGUCUGGGUCGCAAGCCUUUACCAUGGUUCAAAUUUCUGACAACAUUAGCUCAAAUGCCUACUUCAACAUCGACGGCGGCGGCCGCCCAGUCUUGCUGCACCGUAUCCGUUUAGCCUUCACUCUCCCCAUGACUCGCGGCAAUAUCUCUAUCGACGUGCGCCAGUUGACCUGCCGUGACCUGAGCAACGGCUCCGAAACCCGCUCCAAUCUGCAAGGGAUCACCAUCGCAGCCUCGACGCUCCCUUCCUCGGGGUUUGGUAUCACGCAAGUUGGCGCUUAUCUCCAGAGACUCGACGACGGCCAUGUCUGGGCUCGCAUCCACGCUGCAGAUGAGGGUGCAGGCGUGCGCACUUGUAGAGUCAACUUCUUUUAUCAGGAUCACUCGGUCAACCCUCCCUCCUCUGGCCCAGCGCACGAAGCUGACAUGCACAUCCUCAGUCCGGCCACUGAUAAUAUCUGGGGCAAGAUGAUGUACAGAAGCGGGACUUGGAUCAAUUGGACGGGUGUCCACCUCCAAAGUAUCAUCUGCUACAAUGGAAACGAUCACCCAGUUCUUGUGUCCGUUCGGCAAACAUGGAUCUUCAAUGAGAGCUUUGUGGAUAUGGCUCCCCCGGUCAUCAAUGGUGCUCAGCUCCCAGCAUCGCCCGUGGCUCGUUUUGGGGAGAGCACCCUGAUAUCGCUGGACAUCAAUGUCACCGACGACACGUCUGGCAUAGCCAAUUGCACCGCUCUGCUUCUGUCCAAUGAUGCACAGUGCGACAGCCCUCACUGCAGCGUGCGCCCUACGGGUCAUCAUGUGAGUGGGGACAUUUGGUCUCUCCACUUCAAGGUGGAAACUCAGCUCAUUGGCAUGGGCAUGCUCGUUCAAGAUAUCACCUGUUGGGACCUUGCCGGCAACCAGGCAGUGUGGACCGAACCAGUCUCGGUGAUGUUUUCAGCCGUCGUCACACCCGCUCCCUCUUAUCUCACCGACUUUCACAUUGCUGAACCCAUCCUCACGAUCACGAAUAACAAAGCAGCGGUUUCUGUUCAGUCCGGCCCGAUUGUACGCUUUGAUGUCGACGACUUUUUGCCCCAGCGCAUAGCUGGUACGGAUACCAAUUUUUUCCGCGAGAUCUACACUUCCGUAGUGCAGCUUGACCGCUUUCCUCCAAUCAUACGCGGUGUCAACGUUUCCGUGGCUGUAAACAGCAAUCUGCGUAUCACUGCUCACUGGCUCGUGGACGAUGAUGUGACGAACCAAUCCCUCGAUUGCAACAUGGAAUUCCAGCUGCGUGACAACCCUUCCGUCAUGUUGAACCUCACCGAAAGCUUAGAGCCGGGAGAGCUAGUCACGCGAUCGAGUUAUUUCAAUGCAUCCGUCCUACCAGGAGGCGAAUAUGAUUUGCGUCAAAUCGAGUGCAUUGAUGAGGCGGGCCACCGGGCUCAGAUCUCAGGAUUGGCCGAUUCAACCACUCGCUUGAAUAUUUCUACCACCAUCUUCCUGGACGCCAAGGCCCCGGAAAUUUACGGCGCAUGGUUCGAGUCCGCUGCCGUCACGAUUGAAAGCGGAACGGUAACCAACAUCCUGUUGACAGUCAACGUGACUGACCUGUCGCCUGUUUCAUGCCUGGCUGAGCUGCGAAACCCUCAUGACGUCGACUCUUUGGUACAGCUGACUGACGAGCCUACCCUAAGCCGACCCAUCACGAGGACCCUUGCAAUCAAGAUCAGCACAGGCCGGGGAUAUUAUCACCUUCGGCAAAUUAUCUGCACUGAUGCUUUUGGCCUGAUCUCAGAUGUACCAGUUUCUGCGAGUCUGAUGCAGCUCACGCUCGGGUUCGCAAACCCAUAUCCCCUUGCCAACUGGACGGGCUUGGGUCAGUUGGUCAAUUCAUCAUCUGCGAAUGUGACAGCUGAGUUUGGUGCCACAAGUCUCGACCCAUCGCUGUUAAACUGCACUAUUCUGCUAGAGGACGACUUGGCUCAAAUUCACGCCCUUGAAGCCCCUGUGCUUGGCUCCACUCUCCACUUUUCUCUCCACUUUCCUCGAUGGUCGUCGCGCCAAAAUUUCACUUUCAAGGAGGCGCGGUGCCGUGACAGCUUCAACUACACGAUGGUGGCGACACCAGAGAAUAGCUUUGGCCUUGCAGGCCUCGGCCAAGUUGCCGUGCAGCAGGUCGAUGUCGGGGAUGUUCUGGCGCCUGAAGUUCUUCAAGUGCGCCUGCAUCCUACAGAGCUUCGAGUUGCCGCAACCUCUGCUGGAAUCAUCCCGGCAGUGUAUAGCGUUGAUAUCGCGGUGGAUUUGGCUGAUCUCAGUGGAGUUGAAAAUUGCUCCGUUGGUUGGCAGCUUGCGCCCUCAGAGCAUGGCAUGGCCCGUCGGGAGCAAACGGCAAUGGACAUGGCUCACGCCGGCCAUAGUCAUGGUGAUGAUGAAUUGAACAGCGGUCCUCCUGGUGCAACGCACUACUACAGCCAUGUGAGUAGCCCCAGUGCUGUCUAUCAGCUCCCGGGCAGACAAAAAGGCCGAUUGCCCAACUCGACGUACAGCCACGUCGAACCUGCCUCCUCUCCGGACAGGCCAGCUGGUUAUGGCCGUCUUGAUGGAUCCCACACCACGUAUGCAACCACAGCAAUAAAUGGGUCCGUGGUAGCGCCUGAUUCAGGCCUGGCGAAUGAUCGCGGCUAUUUUGUGCUGGAUGAUCCUCCCCCACCCACCCUGCCCCCUUCUCGCCCACGUCGUCGUGUCCAUCUUGAGCCUUCCGACACCUCGGAAAACUCUGUGUAA